CGAGUCGCCUUUUUCAAAUAGGAAGUGUAAAUAAUAAUUGAGCCAUCGAGUCACACUGAGAUAACGUGAAAUUGGUCUUGUUCAUUGGGAGAGAAAAAAGAAAACGAAUCGUAUGGAACAAAAGCCAUGGCUGCAAGAAGAAGAUCUCAGCCACUCCCAGAUGAGGACUUCUACAGUACUCUGGCUGCGGAUUUCGAUGAGAGUGAAGAGAAUUCAAGUGUAUCAGAUGCUGAUGUAAAUGCUCUCACAAAGGCAUUGGCAGGUAUGGAUGACAUGGAUGAUGCUCUCUUCAGCUCCUCCCUCAAGCCAAAGAAGACCCCCAGCAAGGAGAGUGCAGCUCCUCCUCCCAAGAGGAAGGGGUCAGUGAAGGGUGCCACCCAGAGUCCUGCUGCCACGCCUAGUCCUGCCACGCCUAGUCCUGGGUUGAGUAGGAAAGGAACAUAUAACAUCAGCGAUGAUCUGGACGGCGACAUGUCCAAGACUUAUGACUUAGGAAAGAAAGCAGAUAAAGAUUCUCAACCUGAAGCAGCAGAAGGUAAAAAGUCUCCUGCCCUCUCCAAGACCUACCCUGGUAGAUCUAAACCUGAAUCAACUUCUUUUGACUUCGGAGAGUUUGAUGAAGAUGACCCUCUUGCUGGUCUUCUCUCUGAUGAUGAGGAUGCUGUGAAGCCUAAGAACAAGAAGCCCGUCACUAAGGCUACAAAAGCUGCUGCUUCAGGACCAGCUGUAAAACAGGACCCACCAGCAAAUCCAGCUCCUGCUUCUAUGAAAGAGACUCUAGGUGCCAGUCAAAGUGAAGACAGUCUUCUCGAUACAACACCAAGAGAGAGAGACAAAAGCAAAGGUCCACCUGCAAGCAAAUCUCGUGCAAAGCCGAGUACCAAGAGAUCAGAUGAUAUUGAUUUUGGUGAUGAUGAUGAUGGGAUCUUGGAUGGAUUGGGUUUCGAUGACACACCUAGAGACCUACCAAAGAUGGAUAAAGAGCAAGAGGCAGCGAAAGCUAAGGUCAGUGACCUGUUUGGAAAGACCAGUAUCCUUGACAAACCACCUGCUAGUAAAGGUCGAUCAAAGGAGUUCACCUUAGAUAGCAAGUACAAGAAGCCACAAACAGCUCCAUCUGCACCGAAAGAGGAAGACUUUACCUUUGGUGGCUACACCCCAUCCUCUGUGACGUCCAAACGGCCCGACUCUGCCCCUCCUGGUAGGAGAGGUGUAAGAUUUGCUGACGAAGCUGAUGAUGACGAUGACAUCUUUGGUAACUCGACGAUGGAUCGACCCCGUAGACCAGGUCUAUCUCACCAGUCAUCGGUCUCCGCUAGCCCAAACAAGCAGGCUGCACCGGGAGCAGAUAGCAAUGAUUGGCUGAACGAAGCUGUAGGAUUGAGUGGAACAAAGAAAGAGAUGCCGAAAUCAGAUUCUAAUAAACAGAGUGCAGAGAUUAGAAGACCCACCCUCCAACCAGACAAGGACACCACAUCAUCAGGGAGUCAUAGGAAAGAUGACAGGAGUGAUGUUAAGAAGACUGGUGUAGGAGAAGGAGGAGGGGCUGUUAAGGAUGAUAUGAAGAGACCAGCAGCAGCUGCGGAUUAUCUAGGCUUAGGAGGAGAUGAUAUAGACGUUGACUCCAUUGCACAGCCCAAAGAGAUAACUCCAAGAGUGGAGAGACUUACUAAACGUGACUCCAGAGACGAUCUGUUCACCAAACCAGUCAAGAGGGAUGAAACGUCACCUUUUCCAUGGGACAAUGAAAGCCCAAGAAGAUCACGAAGGAGACACACAGAUAUGAGUUCCACUGGUGAUCUUGGCAGCACCUUUGAUUCUAUGAACUACAGUGAUGGCGAUGAUGAUAACGACCCACUUGGUGAAAGCGAUCCUCUUCGAGCCAGUCUGAUUGCUCAGCAAAUUAAACAGCUUGCUGCCAUGGAGAAAGAUGAAUCAGCUCCAAAGCCUGCAGAGCGGGGGCCCCCUCUAGCACGCCCUAAUACCACCUCCAAGCCCCCUAGCUCACAUACUCCAACUCCACAAGCAAACCAGGUUGAGCUGAGUAGUGGAAAGUCCCUCCCUACCCCUAUGCAGCGCCAGUCUUCUGUUACCUCUCUCUCUGGGGACCAAGCACCUGCAACUUCAGGGAGACGAGAGCCAAGAUGGCGGCAAGAGAUGAGGCAACAACAGCAGCAACAAGGUCUUGAUACUUCCAGCAACAUCAUUUCAACACCCACCACACAGCACUCACCGUCUGCACAACGUCCCUCCACCAUCUCAACACCGCCAGUUGUGCCUGCAACACCUGUUUCUGCCAGCACACCAUCAAGGAGUGGUGGCGUGGGUGGUUUUGAUGCGAUGGCACUGUUGAAUGAAAAUCAGAGUCAAAUGGAAAGACAGAGGGAGAGUAUGCUGGAAUAUGAGGCAACUCUAAAACAGCAACAGCUCCAAAUGGCAGCUGAGCGUGAAAAGCAGAUGCGGCUGAUACAAGAGCAACAACAGGAAGCAAUGCUACAACAGCAGCAACAAGCCCUGCAACAGCAACAAGAAGCAAUGAAGCAGCAACAGGCCAUGAUGCAACAACAGAUACUACAGUCAACGCCUACAUCCAUUCCCGGGCUGGGCCUGGGCUAUGGUCUUGGUGCCACGCCCGGUAACAGUACUGGUUUUGGUGGUGCUAACCUUGGAGGAAUGUCUUCAGGCAGUCUAUGGCUGGAGAACAAGGUUCAGCAGCUGGAGGCAGAGAAAUCCCAGCUUGGAUCCUCCAUCCAGUACAUGGAGAAGCAUCACAAACAAGAGCUGGAGACAGUGGAGGCUAACCACCAGAGCUUCAUCAGUCUCCUGGAGGAGGGAGCCAGGAAGAGAGAGACCAGGAUACACCAGGAUGCCCAGGAGUCUGCCAAGCGCUAUGAGGAGAGGCUGCAGUCGGUCAUCGCAGAGAGGCCAAAGGUCGUGAGUGAGCACCAAGAGAGGAUGGAGCAGGUGUACAUGGAGCGCGGAAAGGAAAUAGAGAAACUCAAACAGAUACACAAGCAAGAGGUGGAAGACCUUCGACUGCAGAGCAGACGCGAGCUGGAAGAGGCUAGGAAAGCAAUGCAGCAUCACGUUGACUCCCUGAAGGAUAGUACUAGUCAUACACAGUCACUCAAGGAUGUGGUGGAAAGGGUAGGACUGGUAGGCAAUCAAAUCAAUUCAUUACAGGGGCGGGUUUCUGAUCAGCAUCAGUUCCAGCUUGACAACCGUCUCCAGGAGGUGAAGGAGAGAGAGGAGGAAACAAAGAGGGUCAAGAAAAGACUGGAGGAGCAGGAGACAACCAUGAGCUUGGAACGAGAGCGGUUACAAGCCACAGUAUCCAGACUGGAAGCCCACAUUAAGGAACAGAACAUACAGCAAGAUGAGGAUAGAUGGCGAUUACGUCAGGAGCAGAAUAAACUGACCAACCUUCAGAAGAUGGUGGAGGAGGAAAAAAAAGUAAUAUCAGAUCAGCUAGCUGCAGAACAAACAUCUCUGCAACAAGCCAAGAAUGCUGUUUUGACUGAACAGCAAAGUAUCAUGGGGCAGUGCAUGGAGGAGAGGAAAGCUCUUGCAACUGAGCGCGCUCAAUUUGCUUCGUCAAGGAGAGAAUGGGAAGCUAAGAUGAAAGAAGAAAUGACCAAAACAUCUCAGGAGCAAGCUACAAGGGAAGGGACACUAGAGAGUCUAUCAGCAGAGCGCAUCCAGCUAUCCAUGGGUAGAGAGUCCCUGCGCAAGGACCAGGGUAGCCUGGAGCAACGGAGGCUGGAGCUGGAGAAGGAGCAAGAUGAGCUCCAGCAGGAGAAAGCGCGGCUCCAGCGGCUAGGUGACUCCCUGCAGGCACGCUCCAGGGAGCUCCAGGGGAUGGUGGCUGAUGCAGUCAGAGUGAGGGAGGAGGGGGAGGCUGCGCUGGUCAAGGCACGCAAGAUAGAAGGACAGCAAACAGCUAGGAAACAGGCUCUUGAGCAUCAACUUGAAGAGCUGAGAGCAACGGAAAGGAAGAUUGCAGAGGACAGAGUGCAGAUUGCUGAAAACCAAAGGUCACUGGAGAGGUCAGCUGGGUCAUUGUUAUGCAAACAGUGUGCUUCCUCCUUAUCUUUGCAAAACAUGCAUUUACCCAGGCAUACACAAGCCCCUCCCACCAACCCUCUUCCCAUGACGAUGUCAUCUGGUCCUGCUGGUGGGUUCAUGACCUCUUCAUACUUGCCAGGGGGUGACCUGAUGCCUUCAGACAUGGUGGAUAGUCUCCUCACCCAGGCUGAACAUGACAGGACUGUCAACGUCUGGAAACUGGCAGCCGAAAGGGACAAAGAGUUUCUAGAAGAAGAGACAUCUUUCCUGGAGUCAUUGAACAAUUCCUACAGAGUGCCAGCAGUCAUGUAGAAUCAGCCUGACUGACUAUGCAAUCAAAUUGAUGAAUCAUCCUGAACCAGAAGCUGUUAUUCAUUUUUAUGCCUCCGCCCACUGAAAGUUAUGCCAGAUGCAUUAAAUUUUCGGGUUGUCCAUCCUCUGUUCUGCUUUCUUGUUAUCGCGAUAUCUCAGGAAUCGCUUGAGGUAUGAACUUCAAACUUGGGGAUACCGGGAUAGUAUGUAUCACCAUAGGAAGAUGGCCAGGUCAGAUUUUGGAUUAAGUAGGUCAAAGAUCAUAGAGGUCAACUGAUGAAAUUACAGGUAUUAGCCUCGUUAUCACGAUAUCUCAAGAAACUAUGGAGGUAGGAGGAUCAAAUUUGUUGAUAAAAUGUCUCACCAUAGGAAGACGAUUUGAUUAGAUUUGGGGUAAGUUUGUCAAAGGUCAUAGAGGUCAUAUGGGUCAAUUUAUAAAAAAUUACAGGUGUAAGCCUUGUUAUUGUUAUGUCUCAAGAACCACUAGACAUACUGUAUGAGCUUUAAACAUGGAUAUAGUGUGUAUCACUGUAGGAAGACCAUCUAGUUAGAUUGUGGGAUAAGUUGGUCAAAGGCCAUAAAGAUCAAUCAACAUGCAAGUACAAACUGUACAGACUUUUUUUUCUCAUUAUGAUAUUUCAAGAAUAAUUAAAGCCAUGAACUUCAUUGAAAUUAAUAAGCAGAGGUGUAUUGGAGAUGCAGUCCCAUUUGUCUUGCAUACUCCAAGGAUCCAUG